UGACUGUCAAUUCAAUUGUCAAUUUCUUUGCUCAUCGCAUGACAGAUAACAGAUACAAAAAAAAUACAAAUACAAAUCGUGAUUUCCGGGGAAUUUUUAUAUAUAAAAUAAAUAUCGUAUUUAAAAAAAAAGAGGUUCGCAAAAAUGACCACUCAAAUCGGUGUGAAUCGAUGUACGGAAGAGCAACUGUUUCAUUUUAAAGAUAUUUGUAAAGACGAUAUUGCCUCCAAAAGAAGCUACGAGAGAGUUAAAUGUAUACAGGACUUAAUAAACAUUUUGAUAAAACGUGAUUGUGCGGCUAAAAUAGAUUAUAUUUUAAAUGCUUUACACAUACGCAGGGAUGAGACAACGAAUGAAAAUGUAAGGAGAGAAGCCAUUAAUUUAAAUGUAAGAAGACCAAAUGUUAUACAAACGCUUCGUUUGGAACACAACCAAAUUGCAAGGCCACAAGUUUUGCCAGACGUUCCUACUGAUCCAAUACAGCAAGUUGACGAAAUAGUGGCCCGUGAAAUUGGUAAUAAAUGGAAAGAAUUGGCUCGGCAGUUGAAUAUAAGUGAAGGUCACAUAGAUGAAUUUGACAACGUUUACCGUGGGAGAUUGUCAGAGAGUGUAAAACAAAUUUUAUUAUAUCAUCGAAAAUGUUACCCAACUACUUGGAAAAUAAGCCUUACCAAUGCACUGAUCCAUGCAAGGCGCAGAGAUAUACUUUUUUCAAUUCAAGGUAUACUAAAUAUAAUAUGAUUUACUAAACUAAAACCUUUAAAAUGAUCUUUUUACUUUUAAAAUGUUGAUUUUGUGAUUUGUAAAAUAUUUUU